CAGAAGAGCGGACGCGGCUCCGACAACAAACAAAAGACGGAGCUCAACAUCCGUCAGUAGCUCCGUCUGCGACAACAACCGACAACAACCGCCCUUUACAGCCGCUCUCUCCCGAACCAGCGCCGCAGACAGCCCCCUUCCACUGCCUGCGUCUGUGUGGGCUUUGUGUCCGCUAAUGUCAACCUGAGCGAUCGCUAAACCAGGUUAGCUGACCCGAGCUUACCCGAGCUAACCCGAGCUAACAGCUCUGGGUGCCUCAACAGCGAAGCCAGCUAGCCUAGCCUAGCCUAGCCCAGUCUAUCUUUGCCUUGCUUAGCCUAGCCUAGCCUAGCCUAGCCUAGCUGAAAAAAAAAAAAACAACCUCCUUUCUCUUUUUAAAAACUUGACACACAAGUGGCGCUGGUUUGUUGCUGACAAGCCGAGUCCGCUCCACAACAGCUCGUGUCGCAGCCAUGUCCGGGCAGUCGUCGGGCUGUGGCUUUCUAAUGUCGGUGGUCGUCCACGGAGACUCGGCGCUGAACGAGCAGGAGAAGGAGCUCAACCAGCGGCUCCGGAGACUCUACCCGGCCGUGAACGAGAGCGAGACCCCGCUGCCGCGCUCCUGGAGCCCGAAGGACAAGUUCAGCUACAUCGGGCUCUCUCAGAACAACCUCCGGGUGCACUAUAAAGGUCAUGGAAAAACCCCCAAAGAUGCGGCGUCUGUACGGGCCACCCACCCCAUCCCAGCAGCCUGCGGGGUCUACUACUUCGAGGUGAAGAUCAUCAGCAAAGGCCGAGAUGGGUACAUGGGCAUCGGCCUCUCCGCUCAGGGUGUAAACAUGAACAGACUCCCUGGUUGGGACAAGCACUCAUACGGUUACCACGGAGAUGACGGCCACUCCUUCUGCUCCUCCGGCACCGGGCAACCCUACGGACCCACGUUUACAACGGGCGACGUGAUUGGCUGCUGCGUUAACCUCAUCAACAAUACCUGCUUCUACACAAAGAAUGGCCACAGCCUAGGUAUUGCCUUCACAGACCUACCACCUAAUUUGUACCCGACCGUGGGCCUUCAGACUCCAGGGGAGGUGGUGGAUGCAAACUUCGGCCAGCACCCCUUUGUGUUCGACAUCGAGGACUACAUGCGUGAGUGGAGGACAAAGAUCCAGGCCCAGAUCGACCGCUUCCCCAUCGGAGAGCGCGAGGGCGAGUGGCAGUCUAUGAUCCAAAAGAUGGUGGCUUCCUACCUGGUUCAUCACAGCUAUUGUGCCACGGCUGAAGCCUUUGCCAAAUCCACAGACCAGGCCGUGCACGAGGAGCUGGCCUCCAUAAAAAACCGACAGAAGAUCCAGAAGCUGGUGUUGUCAGGUAGAAUGGGCGAGGCCAUCGAGACCACCCAGCAGCUCUACCCCAACCUCCUGGAGAGGAACCCAGACCUUCUCUUCAUGCUCAAGGUGAGACAGUUCAUAGAGAUGGUGAAUGGGACGGACAGCGAGGUGAGGUGUCUCGGAGGUCGCAGCCCAAAGUCUCAGGACAGUUACCCCGGCUCCCCCCGGCCCUUCAGCAGCCCCAGCCACAAAGCCAGCAGCUCCCAGCCCUACCUCCCAGGGUUUGACAGCAACUGCUGUAAUGGUGUGACGUCUAAUAAGAGCCACAGCUCCUCCCCUCACAGUCACAAGCCCUGCCCCCCAGGCUCUGGCUCCACCCUCCCAGCGUCUGACAUCAGCCUCAACGGGAGCCGCAGCCAACAGCCCCUAACCAGUAGCGAUGUGGAUAUGGAAGUUGACCACUUCACCAACGGAGUGACAGAAUCGUCCUCCAAUGGUUUCCUCAACGGCAGCUCCAAACACACCACCGAGCCCGACGACUGUGACGCAGACAUGGGCCGUGGCUCCUCAGAGGUGGAGUCGGCUCAGUCCAAGCGGCAGCUGUGCGGCGGGAGCCAGGCGGCCAUCGAGAGGAUGAUCCAUUUCGGCAGGGAGCUCCAGAGCAUGAGCGAACACCUCCGCCGCGAGUGUGGCAAGAACUCGGCCAACAAGAAGAUGCUCAAGGAUGCAUUCAGCCUGCUGGCCUACUCAGACCCCUGGAACAGCCCAGUCGGCUACCAGCUGGACGCCAUUCAGAGAGAGCCCGUCUGCUCCACUCUCAACAGUGCAAUACUAGAGACUCACAACCUGCCCAAGCAGCCCCCCCUGGCCCAGGCCGUGGGUCAGGCCGCCCAGUGCCUCGCCAUCAUGGCACGAACUGGCAGCGGCUCCUGCGCCUUCGCCUCUGUGGACGAUUACCUGCACUAGCCCUGUGCACACACACACACACGCACACACGCACUCUCUGAGGACCUGUCCAGAAACGGCUCCUUCCACCUCCUCCAUCAGUGUAGUCCUUUUAGCUGGGGAGACGCUCCUCUGCACGAUAACAAGUAGUAGAAAGUUAACCACCACACUCGCUUCUUCUUCUGCUUUUACCAAUCGGCACGAACUCCACCGAGGGUCAGGAGUCGUUUCUGGGCAGAUCUUUAGAUUGCUGACACACACCGCAUACAUAUAAAACACACA